AUGGCAAAAGCAAACGAUAUCGCGGCUAUGGAAAUCGAUAAUCAGAAUUCGAUCACCACUGAUCAGAUCAAUAUCACCAAGUUCUCCGUCAAUGUGCUGCAGCUCUUGAAAUCGGCUCAAAUGCAGCAUGGAUUGCGCUUUGGCGAUUACCUUCGUUACCGGCGAUACUGCACUGCACGUUUAAGAAGACUGUACAAAUCUCUGAAGUUCACGCACGGCCGUGGAAAGUAUACAAAAAAAGCCAUUGCUGCUUCUACGGUCACUGAAGUCAGGUUUCUCCAUUUGGUCCUCUAUAUGGCUGAAAGAGCAUGGAGCCAUGCCAUGGAAAAGAAAACGUUACCAGAUGGUCCAAAUGCACGCCAGCGCAGCUACCUUAUAGGUAGAUUGAGAAAGGCAGUAAAAUGGGCUACCCUCUUCCAGGAGUUGUGUGCCUUCAAAGGAGAUUCCAGAACAUCUCUAGAAGCUGAGGCCUAUGCUGCUUAUAUGAAGGGGAAUUUGUUAUUUGAACAAGAUCAGCACUGGGACAUAGCAUUGAAAUGUUUCAAAAGUUCCAGGGCUGUUUAUGAGGAACUUGGGAAGUAUGGAGACCUAGAGAACCAAGUAUUGUGCCGGGAACGGGUUGAAGAACUUGAGCCAAGUAUACGAUAUUGCCUACAUAAAAUUGGGGAGUCAAAUUUACCAACUUCUGAGCUAGUACACAUAGGAGAAAUGGAAGGGCCUGCUCUCGACCUUUUCAAAGCUAAAUUGGAGGCUGCCAUGGCUGAGGCUAGGUCUCAGCAAGCUGCAUCUAUGACAGAAUUCUAUUGGCUUGGUCAUAGAUUUCCAAUUUCGAAUGCGAAGACUCGGGUUUCCAUACUGAAAGCUCAGGAGCUGGAAAAAGAUAUCAAUGGUCCAGCAGCAGAUUCGCUUCCUGCAGAGAAAAAACUUGUAUUAUUUGACAGAAUUUUUUCUGCCUACAAUGAAGCCAGGAGCUACAUACGCAAUGAUUUGGUUACCACAGGUAAUUCUGAAAAAAUGAAAGAUGAUCUGAGUGGCCUCGAUAAAGCUGUUGGUGCUAUCUUAGGACAGCGAACAAUUGAGCGUAAUCAGUUGUUGGUGAAAAUAGCCAAAAGUAAACUCAGCAAGCUUCAUGUCGAUAAGAAUGAAAAAAUAACGAAGCCUGAAGAACUUGUCCGGUUAUACGAUCUCCUACUACAGAAUACUGCCGAUCUUUCUGACUUAGUUAGUUCAGGGCGAGAUAGAAAACCAGAAGAAGUGGCAUUUGCUGAGGAAUGUGAACUCAAAAGUUCUGCCUUUCGAGCAGAAAGAUGCUUUUACUUAGCUAGAUCUUACAGUUUGGCUGGAAAGAGGACUGAAGCUUACGUUUUGUACGGCAAAGCUCGCUCUCUGGCUGACACUGCCAUUAAGAAGCUUCAGAGUUUAACUAAUGCUGACGAGGUAAUGAUCAAGGAGUUGAAGAUGCUGUAUCAAGAAUGUAGAUCCAACAGCUGUAUAGAGCAUGCAACAGGGAUUAUGGAGGAGAAUAAGGCUCCGGAAAAUCUUUCGAAAAAGAUUUCGAGUAUAUCAUUAACUGGAAAUGAUAAGAAGCUGGAGAAAUUGCUUAUGGAGAACUUGGACUCUUAUGAAUCAGCCGUGGGUGAUCCCACUACAAAGUCAAUCCCGCGCAUUGAAGCCUUUCCACCUGCUUUUCAAGCUGUUCCUCGUAAUCCAAUCGUUAUCGAUCUUGCCUAUAAUGCAAUUGAUUUCCCGUCUCUCGAGAACCGGAUGAAGAAAGACAAAAAGGGAUUCAUAAGUAGGCUUUGGAGAUGA